ACUCCGCGUCAUACCUAGCACGAGACCACCACACCACAAAGGAUUAAUUUAGUUUUACAUCAACGGACCACAGCGCCAUCUUCACUCUAUCCCAUUGCCUGAUGGAACAGGGCGCCAUAUUCACCCGAUACCGGUGCCCGGAUGGAACAGGGGGCCAUCUUUGUUCCAUCCCAGUGCCCGGAUGAAACAGGGCGCCAUCUUUACUCCAUCCCAGUGCUGCCGGUGGGGCGGAACGACUCUCUACAAACCAUUGAUCCUAACACCAUGGGUGACCGGGAGGACUUGGUGUACCAGGCUAAGCUUGCCGAGCAGGCGGAGCGGUACGACGAGAUGGUGGAGUCCAUGAAGCUGGUGGCGGGGAUGGAUGUGGAGCUGACGGUCGAGGAGAGGAACCUGCUAUCGGUGGCAUACAAGAACGUGAUCGGAGCGCGGCGAGCAUCCUGGAGGAUAAUCAGCAGCAUCGAACAGAGGGAGGAGAGCAAGGGCGGGGAAGACAAGCUCAAGAUGAUUCGGGAAUACAGGAAAACGGUUGAGGACGAGCUGAAGUCCAUCUGUAUCGAAAUUCUGGAUGUACUGGACAAGCACCUUAUUCCUGCUGCUACCACAGGAGAAUCCAAAGUCUUCUACUACAAAAUGAAGGGGGACUAUCACAGGUACCUGGCCGAGUUUGCCACCGGCAACGACCGAAAAGAGGCAGCGGAGAACAGCCUCGUGGCGUACAAAGCGGCAAGCGACAUCGCCAUGACGGAGCUGCCGCCCACACACCCCAUCCGGCUCGGCCUAGCCCUCAACUUCUCUGUCUUCUACUACGAGAUCCUCAACUCGCCGGACCGUGCCUGCAGGUUGGCGAAGGCUGCGUUCGAUGACGCAAUCGCAGAGCUGGACACACUGAGUGAAGAGAGCUAUAAGGACUCCACGCUUAUCAUGCAGUUGUUACGCGACAACCUGACACUAUGGACUUCAGACAUGCAGGGGGACGGAGAAGAACAGAACAAAGAGGCAUUGCAAGACGUUGAGGACGAAGCCCAGUGAGACUAUGCCAACGACAGCCAACAACUUGAGACCCUACCCUCACCCCCUCCUCACACUCCUUCACCCCUCCUCCUCUAUAACCAGGCCCCACCCUGAGGAAGUGUAAAUUCCCGGUCCUCUCUCUCUCCUCCUUCCUCGUCUAAUCUAAUUUCUUUUGGAUAUUUCUUUCUCUCUCUCCCCUGUCCCAUCAAACCUCAGUAGCUUCAUGUCUCACAGGGCCAAGGAGCGGACCCACUUAUUUUUCUCCUCUUUGCAUAUAUUUUAUUUUUGUUAGCCCGUUAAUUCAGUUGAAGUAAGUACCACUUAAUUGAGACAGUAAAUACAAUGUGAGAAAUGCAAAGACAAAGAAAGAGUCCCUGAAUUUAACAAAUGUUAUGUUUUCAUUAUGUAUGAUUUUAUUUUAUUUCCCUUGGGUUUUUCCUCAAUAUUUUUAUCAGUUGCUGGAUAUAUUGAGAAUUUUUUUCUUAAUGUAAUUGCAGAAAUUAACUUUUAUUACUGAUAUGUUGACUAUUAGUUUUGGGAGCCUUUUUAUCUGUUUUUAGGAAAAUGUCAAAUGCAAAUCAUUUUACUUUAUUUUUUAUUUUUAUGGGCAGAAUAAAAUAUAAUACUUUAAGUGCCCUUUUUGGUAACUUAGUUUUUCAGAGGCAGUUGGCGAAAUUUGCGAUAUCCAUGUAGAAGCGAACAACCAUGACCUUUACACCGUCGUCCUCCAAUUGUAGUUAUUUUUCUUUCCAGGAGUCGUCCUUGGAUUCUUUUGUGCUGAAAUACUGUAUCUGUGUACACAUCCUUUCCUUGAGGUUUGACUGAUAGCUUAGCGGUGGUUAAGAUUGGACAAAAUAAACAGUAGAAACAAUCACCUGUAUGGGAAGACGCGUCUCAAUCUGGCCCCCUAGCUCCUCGACGGAGAGCUGUAAAAGUACCCUGUCCGUCAGUGCUUGCAUGUUGAGGCAAAUGACAAAUACUGUUUUUCUUGCUUCAUCCUACUUUUUACUAGAAGCCUUCUCUUCACGAGGUGCUUUUCUCCAUCUGUCUCUGGGCAGUUUCCUGUCAAUGGUAUAUUUUAAUUUCUCUUCUUGCUUGGUUAUGUGUAACUUGGAGCUGAUUUGUACUACUGGAUAUCUGACUGGAGCCACAGACGGGGGGGAUCUGUACCGUUCUUACUGAAACAGCAUGGAAUUAACAUUAAACAAUCUAAAUUAAACGUUAAAAAACAA